AUGCUUCGCUCAACCCAGAACGGUGAUCGUUAUGAGCUCACAAGCCCAACGGCCUUGCCCAAGGCAGGUGGAUUCUUGUGGAAUCAAAGAAUGAUGCUCCAGGUCACCUGUCGUGGAUAUGCUACAGCUCAAUUCAUGCAGCCGGAGCCCGCGAAAUAUGCCCAUGCCCCGAACCUCGAGGCGAAAACCUUCAUGCAGCCUGAGCAGAACUACUACGCACAUCAUCCCGGUCGAUUCGUCUACAUCAAGGAUGAGGAAUCUGGCGAAUUGUUCUCUGCGCCUUACGAGCCCGUCAGAGCCCCAGUCGAGAAGUUUGUAUUCUCCGUUGGCAAGAGCGAUAUUUCGUGGACCGUAGAGCAUCUCGGUAUCCGAGUCGAGAUGACCUUUGCUCUUCCCACAGAUGAUGUUGCAGAGCUUUGGACCAUUAAGGUUACAAAUAUUUCGGACCGUAAUCGUAAAAUCAGUGUAUACCCCUACUUCCCGUUCGGUUACAUGUCUUGGAUGAACCAAGAGGCAGAAUGGGUUGAGAAACUUGGUGGCAUUGUCGGAAGCAGCAAAACACCCUACCAGAAAGCGGAGGAUUACCCGAAGACGAAACACUUGAAGGAUAAGACAUAUUUCCUAUGCGAGGUAGCACCUAAUUCAUGGGAAGCAAAGCAGGAAGCAUUCGAGGGCGAAGGCGGAUUGCAUGCCCCAUCGUCUCUGGCCGGCCAGGAGCUCAGCAACAGCGACGCCCGAUACGAGACGCCAACAGCUGUCGUACAAUACCGAACCGAGCUGAAAGCUGGUGCGGAUCAGGAGUACCGAUUUUUGUUUGGACCGGCAUUGGAUGAUGCCGAGAUUGGGCACAUGCGCAACAAAUAUCUGAAUAAGGACGCUUUCGCUAAGUCAGCGAAAGAAUACGCCGAAUAUAUCGAGAAGGGAAGUGGCUGCCUGCGCAUAGAAACACCGGAUAAAGACCUCGACAAUUUUGUCAACAACUGGCUGGCACGCCAGGUUUAUUACCACGGAGAUGUCAACCGCCUUACCACGGACCCCCAAACUCGAAACUACCUCCAGGACAACAUGGGAAUGAGUUUCAUCAAGCCAGAGGUGACAAGGAAUGCCCUUCUUUUGGCUCUAUCUCAACAGGAGAAGACCGGAUCGAUGCCUGACGGUAUCCUUCUCACUGAAGGCGCAGAACUCAAGUACAUCAACCAAGUACCCCACACGGAUCACUGUGUCUGGCUCCCCGUCGCACUCGAAAUUUACCUGAGCGAGACUGGCGACUACGCAUUAUUAGAUGAGAAGGUGACCACCAAGGAGGGCGAGACGUACACUGUUUUCGAGCGCCUCAGUCGUGCCAUGGACUGGUUGCUAUCCGACUCUGCACGCGACCACCGCGGACUCUCGUACAUUGCCCAGGGCGACUGGUGUGAUCCCAUGAACAUGGUCGGACCGCGAGGAAUCGGUGUCUCUGGAUGGCUCACUGUUGCUACCGGAUACGCUUUGAAGCUUUGGGCCAACGUCUGCGAGCAGCACGGCAAGUCGGAUAUCGCUGCGAAGUACUGGGAAGGCGUCAAGACCGUGAACGAGGCCGCCAACAAGCAUUUGUGGGAUGGGGAUUGGUUCGCGCGUGGUAUCACAGACAACGGCGUUACAUUCGGCAUCAAGAAAGACAAUGAAGGACGUAUCUGGCUGAACCCUCAAGCUUGGAGUAUUCUAGGGGGUGCCGCGGAUCAGGAGAAGAUCGAGAAGAUUCUCCCCCAGGUCGACGAGCAGCUUUCGACACCUUACGGCGUUGUCAUGUUCGCGCCUCCUUUCUCCGGCAUGCGCGAGGACGUCGGCCGCGUGACGCAGAAAUACCCAGGCCAGGGCGAAAACGGUUCCGUCUAUAACCACGCAGGUGCAUUCUACGUGUGGGCACUAUACACCAUUGGCCAGCAGGACCGCGCAUACAAGACCCUCCGACAGAUGAUUCCAGGACCCAGCGAGGAGGAUUAUAUUCAGCGGGGCCAAUUGCCGGUUUACAUCCCCAACUACUACCGUGGAGGGUGGCAGAAAUACCCACGUACUGCCGGACGUUCGAGUCAGCUCUUCAACACGGGAACUGUUUCUUGGGUUUACCGCGCGUUUGUCGAGGGUCUUUGCGGUUUGAGAGGUGUUAAGGAGGGAUUGAGCGUGAAGCCUCAAUUGCCCAGUGAGUGGAACGAAAUCAAGGUCACGAGAUUGUUCCGUGGCGCGACGUUUAAUGUAGAUAUCAAGAGAGGCGACGUCAAAGAUGUUCAGGUCGUUUUGGAUGGCGGAAAUGUCGACGGUGGUGUUAUCACAUCUAUUGUGGCUGGUAAGAGUUACCAACUCUCGGUCACAAUCCCGAAGUAA